AUGAGCAAAUCGGAAGUUGUGGUACUUGAUUUCAAAGACGCCAAGAAGGCAGCCAGAACGUUGUACGAGUCGUUUGACGACGACGCAGUUGCACGGUACGUGUCCCGCCAUCUUGAAAACGACCCGGAGAAAAAGAAGCAAGUUGACCUGCAGUACUACGAGGCGUAUGUGGUGGCACACAUCAUGAAGGGCUUGGUGCUAGCGAUCAAAGGUGACGACCACGAGAACAAGGACACCUUCGAGACGGUGUCCAUCUGGGUGCGUCCUGACUCGGGCUCGCUCGACGAUUACCUCACGCUCAUAAGGUCUGGAUUUGCAAAGCUCGCAUGGAACACCGGUGCAGAGGGCCGGAGAAGAAUUUUCGGAGUCAUGUUCAAAGUUUUGCACGACUACUACCACAACAUUACCGAGAUUGAUCCGCAGGGACACAACACAUGGACUCUUGUCUACUUGGGCUCCACUCCGGCGGCCAGAGGCAAGGGUAAUGUGAGGAAGAUGUUCAACCAUACGUUUGAAUACUACAUCGACCCAAAGGACUCGAUCACGUAUCUCGAGAGUUCCGCAAUCAGAAACUUGCCUAUCUAUGAAAGGUUCGGUUUCAGAGCCGUCACUGACAUCUACUUGGGAGACAAGGAGGACCCUCAGGGGGACAAUGCAAGAAUGGACGUGAUGCAAGACAAUAAUAAUGGCAACGACAACAGUAAUAACAGCAAUCUGCCAAACUCGUCAGUGAACGACAAGAUGGUCUACUCGUGGAUAACCGAGUUUGCGUACGGGCCAAACAAAGAGCAGGCGUUGUUAGAAUUGGGCAAGAAACGUGAGAUGUACGACGAUCUCGCCCUGGUUUUGUGGAACUCCUACGGGGUCAUGUCGUGCCUAUUGGCCGAGAUAGUCUCGGUGUACCCGAUGCUAUCUCCUCCCAGCUUGACCAUCCAAGCCUCCAACAGGGUGUGCAACGCAUUGGCGUUGAUGCAGUGCAUCGCUUCCCACCAGGAAACACGCGGCCCGUUUCUUCUGGCCCAGAUCCCGCUAUUCCUAUACCCAUUUCUCAACACCAGCUCGAAGCAGCGCCCGUUCGAGUAUCUACGUUUGACGAGUUUGGGAGUCAUAGGUGCCUUGGUUAAGAACGACACGCCGGAAGUGAUCCAGUUCUUGCUCACGACCGAAAUCAUACCGUUGUGCUUGAAAAUCAUGGAGUCGUCCUCAGAGCUAAAUAAAACCGUCGCAAUUUUCAUUGUCCAGAAAAUCCUACUCGACGAGGCAGGAUUGAAUUACAUUUGCCAGACAUACGACCGGUUCGACGCAGUCUCCAAAGUCUUGGGCGUCAUGGUCAAACAGUUGGUCGAGCAGCCCACUACAAGGUUCUUGAGGCACUUGAUCAAGUGCUAUCUCAGAUUAACUGACAAUAUUGAGGCCCGCAAUACCUUGAAGAAGAUUCUUCCUGUGGAGCUGAAAAACGACACUUUCGCCCAGGUCUUGAAGGAGGACGAGAGCGCCAGACAGAGCCUCGACAUGCUACUCCAGAAUCUCCAGUAG